UCUUGAGGACCAAGCGUCUCAUAAUCUUGAGCGCAAUUUGGAGAAGUACUGUAGCUAGCUAGCUUUGACUGUGCAGAAUUUUAGGUGAAAACUCUCACAUGUUCUGUCCAGAUACUGCAACCCGUUACCGGGAAAGUGAACAAAUAAAUAUGUGUCUGGAUGAUUAAUAUUUUGAAGGUCCUUAUAUAAGUAGAUAUUCACAAUUUAGUCCUAUUUAUUCUGGUAAAGCAGUCUUUGGAGAAGAACAAGGUGUUGUUUUCGCCAUGGAUAUGGAACGACAGAAACGAAGAGAGGAAAUCCAGAAAGCUAUGGGCUUUAUUCAGUCCUCCUUGCCUUUCCCAGAGCCUGAGAAUUAUGCGGCUUUUUUGACCCAGUUGGUGUGUAACUUGCUGGACGAGGGAAACACAGUGUUUCGUGAUGGGGAAUGGAGGCAGGCAGCGCAGCAUUACAGUGAGGGAGUCAACGUGGCCCGCUAUGCUCAGGCAGAGGCACUGGUCAUUCCCCCUGAGCUUCUGGAGAGCCUCUAUGUCAACAGGGCAGCGGCACACUUUCAGUUUGGGGAGUUUGAGCGGGGCGUACAGGACUGCGAUAGCGCGCUGUGCGUGUGUGAGGGCAGUCGCAGGGCGCUCUACAGGAAAGCUCUAUGUCUGAGAGAGCUGGGCCGACUCAGGGAGGCCUAUGAGUGUGGCACCGGAUGCCUGCUCACUGCCCCACACGACAGGCAGGUGGGUGAACUGGCCCAGGACCUGGCUAAUAAACUUGGCCUGAAGGUCCGUAAGGCCUACAUCAGCUCUCAGGUGGAGUCCUCAACGUCAGGGAGGGAGAGCAAUAGAGAGAAUUCUUCACCCACAGGAGAGACGUCCGCCAACGGGCUAGAAUCUUUGACUGACAUUGCAUCAGCUGAUCUGUCCAGUGCCCAGUGUAUCCCUGCCCCUCUGGCCACGCCCAUCCCUGUCAGCGACGAGCCCUCUAGCCCAGUGGCCACGCCCUGUGCUGACCUAUCAGAGAGCCCCAGUACGGUCCUACCGCCCAUGCCCUACUCCGUUCCUGUGUCGGAGCACAUGGAGGAGUGCAGCGUGAUCGCUGACGAUCUGGACAGCCUGCUGGGGGACUGCAUCUCCAAGAAAGUCAGCGAGUCACAGAGCCCAGUCCAGGGUGCUAUCCCCACCAACCUCCCCAACACAGCUGUGGGCCUGCACCCUCCAUACUCCUCCAGCCUCCCCGCCCCCUCGCCCCAGCUACCCCCUGCCUUCUUCAGCUCCUCUGUCAGCCAGAUGCCCUCCUUGGAGCCUUACCCCUCACUGGGCCAGAGGGAGCAGACCUCCACACAGGCGCUGGACGCCCUGGGGGCCUUCUCCCCGGGGACAGGGGACAUGGAGGGCAAAGGAGGGGUUGGAAUUGGAGGCCUGGACUCACUCUCUGAGUACACUUUGCCUGGGGGAAGAAUCUCUCACAGCUUCAUCCCUGGGAUCUGCAACCACAGCUCUACUCACACGAACGUCCCAGCAGGCACCAACCUCUCCCUGCUCUCCCGGAACCCACUGGCUGCCACCCACGAGUUCAGACAGGCCUGCCAUGCCUGUUACAGCCGCAUAGGUCCACGGGUGAUUGACUACCAGUACCAGCCAGAGGCGGCUCACCGCUGUAAGAGGGACGUGCUACUGUGUCGCUUCAAAAACACAGACGACCCCACAUGGAAGAGAGUCAGGCCUCGCCCCGCUAGAAACAACUUCCUGGGGGCCUUUGUGCUCUGCAAAGAAGUCCAGGAGCGCCAGGAGUGCCAGUACGGGGAGAACUGCACGUUUGCCUACUGCCAGGAGGAAAUAGACGUGUGGACCCAGGAGAGGAAGGGGGCUCUGAGCAGGGAGCUGCUGUUUGACCCGCUGGGAAGCACCGAGAGACGGGCACUCAGCGUCACACGGCUGCUGCAGCUACACAUGGGCAUGUUCAUGUUCCUCUGUGAGGAAUGUUUUGACAGUAAGCCUCGCAUUAUCAGCAAACGCAGCAAAGAGAACUUGGCUGUCUGCUCAAACCUCACCGCCCGACAUCCCUUCGACGAUAACAAGUGCCUAGUGCAUGUGGUGCGUUCGGCCAACGUGCGCUACAGUAAGGUGCGCCCGCUGCACCCCCUCUGCCAGUUUGACGUGUGUCGCCACGAGGUGCGUUACGGCUGCCAGCGCGAGGACAGCUGUUCCUUUGCCCACUCCGUCAUAGAACUCAAGUGCUGGGUACUGCAGCAGGACACAGGUAUCACCCACGAGGAGAUGGUACAGGAGUCCAAGAGGCACUGGUACAGGCUAGAGCAAAAUGCUCAGAGACAGAAGCCUAUGCAUGUCCCACACCAGAGCUGUGGUGGUGGUGGUGGGGUGGGGGGAAUAGGAGGGGGAGAUAAUCUCGGGGGUGGAGGGGUUGGCUCCGGAGUGAGAGGCAGAGGGCUGAACCUGAAGAUGAAGUUUGUCUGUGGCCAGUGUUGGAGGGACGGACAGGUCAACGAACCAGACAAGGCCCUCAAGUACUGCACUGCUAAAGCAAGGCACAGCUGGACUAAGGAGCGUCGGGUAUUGCUUGUGAAAUCAUUUGAGAAGAAGAAAUGGGUCGUUGUGCGGCCGCUUCCCUUCUCCCGUACAUACCCACAGCAGUAUGACAUGUGUGUCCAUGUGAUGAAGCAGAAGAAGUGCCACUACAUCGGAAAUUGUUCCUUCGCCCACAGUCUGGAGGAGAGGGACGUCUGGACGUACAUGAAGGACAACAGCUUGAGGGACAUGCAGCAGAUGUAUGACAUGUGGCUCACGAUGACCAAUCAGAACAGACGCACUGACAGAAGCCCCAUGACCCCGCCUCCGGAGGAGAAACAGGUUUCGAGGACGACCGAUUACACAGAGUCAUUGUCUGGGCAGCGGUUGUCGGAAGGAGGAGAUAUGUGAGUGUUGUUGUGCUGAGGAGGAGCUGGCCCUGGAGACGUGGAAAGGAGACCCCGCUCCCACUACACCAGAGACCAGCUACAGUACCUACCGCCUGUGACAUCAGUCUGAAUGCAAACACACAUACACACAACACACCUUACAGUACAACAAAUUGCUGUUGCAACAGGCACCAACUCGUGUGACGCACACACACAGAAAGUCGUAUAUAAGAACAUUCACGCCCAUAAUCUGAAUGGUUUGGCAGUUAAUUUCAAUCUGAACCUCAGUGUAUCUCUAACACGCUGCAGAUGUCAAUGUACUUUAUAUGUGUCCAUUAUAUUACCAUUGAAGGCAAAUUUUGAAUUGUCAGCAAAGAGAAAAGGCCCCAAAGUCGCCCCUUCUAACGAAUACGGAGUGGCUGUGUGGCCGAUACUUCUUCCUGGUGAUUAAACAACUGAACAAAUUAGCCUGCAUAAUAUAUAUUUAAUAUUUUUAUUUUUUUGAGGUUUGUUCAAAUCGCCAUAGUUUUUAUUUUAUUUCAGCUGUUCAUAAAUAUGAGGCAGAGACGUAGCAAAUGUGCAGAACGUGAUUCGGUUGUUUAGCUCUGGGAAUGAGGCGCCCAGGGGGGCAGUACAUGGGCAGAACGGGGUGGUUGGAUUCGGCCGUGCAGCCUCAACCUCAAAAAUAAGCCCCUUAUCUAUGUAGCUAGGGGCAAACGUCUACAACCAAGUCCUACCCUCCUUCCCUUGUGGGAACGUAGAAAGAGGGAGAGAGAAAUCGGACAGAAAUGGUUAGUACGCCAUUUUGAUUGUCCAUGGGAGUUGGCGCUUCACUCUAUUCGUCUGCCAUAUUGGUAGAGUACUAUGAAUGUAAAGCCAGUCGUUUUGAGGAAGUCAUAAAAAUAAUUAUGGUUGUGGAAUUUAUUCGAAAUACCCAAGACAAAUCUUAUAUAACAUUUAAAAUGACCCCCUAUCCCCCCUUUUUUAUUAAUAGAAAUGGCACAGUAGUCUUGGUUAUAUACUGUAAGCAAGCUAGGCAGCCGUACCUGUGGCCAGCAACGACACGUAUGCACAUUCACAUACACGCUGUAUACACUGAGUAGGCUCAGAAUGGAACAGUUUCAUAAUAUUGCAUUGGAGGGCUAUAGGGAGUGACUGCAGACUCUUCACUCGGACCCACUCAAACAACAUACUGUAUCGUAUGCUUAAAACCUGGAGUUUUCAUGGACUACAUGAACAAGUCUGCGUCCUCCUAGUUAUAGCCACUCUAUAACAAGACUCCAGAUGUUAUCCGGGUGUGACGUGGCUUCAUCUGGCAUGUCUACCACCAGUUUAACUAGGAUCAAGUGAGGUUACCUUUGCCCUGUUAGCCCUCCAAUGUAAACCUAUGCUGAUUUAGCCAGGGAGAAAAGAUAAGCUCCAAAUCACAAAGACUGAGUACAGGAACAAUACAUGGGGUUAAGAUGCAUAUGACAGAACAUUAGGGAUUCCAAUAAGGGAUUCCACAAGAAAGGGGAGGGAUCGUAGGAUAGUACAGCAGGAUGGAGCUUGAAUGGAUCCUGGAGUAUGGUGGCUUGGUCAAAGGGGUGGUCAGGUGGGCGGGUUAGGGGAUGGAAACUGGACAGGUAGCUGGAUCCUGGGCAGGGUGGGCACUGAACAGGUAGUUGGAUCCUGGGGUGGGUGGGCACUGGACAGGUAGCUGGAUCCUGGGGUGGGUGGGCACUGGACAGGUAGCUGGAUCCUGGGGUGGGUGGGCACUGGACAGGUAGCUGGAUCCUGGGGUGGGUGGGCACUGGACAGGUAGCUGGAUCCUGGGGUGGGUGGGCACUGGACAGGUAGUUGGAUCCAGGGGUGGGUGGCUGACAGGCUUGGGUAUUGUAAGAGAGGGAGGGCGUUAUGGAAGCAAUGAUGAAUACAUAAAAAGUUAAUUAAAAGUAAAAUGGCUACCCAUAAUGUAGGCUAAAGAAGACUGACUAUCCAUAAUGUAGGCUGACUACCCAUAAUGUUGGCUAGUGAGACUGAUGUGUGUGUGUGUGUGUGUGUAUAUACACACACACACUAACAUUAAUUCACAAAAUAUAUCUAGGCAGGGACAGGUUUUUCCCAUAUGGCCAGCAUCUCGUUCCCUUAUACCCGCACCAGACAUGAUGUAAUGGAGGUAUGUCUCUAUUCAUAUACAUUAUAUAUACAUCUUUACAGAUAUUGGUAUACUACUAAAGAUAAUUGAUAACUUAGCAGUUAAGCUUAAUUAAAUAUAACCUAAAACUUGUAUUGAUUACAUAGAACCUCUUGUUAUUGAGCUAUGCUAUAUGACAUGUAUCGCUGAACUAGAUGACUAGUGAUUUUAUUGCUUCUGUGAGGGUCAUUCCAGAGAUGUCUGUAGGAGCAAGGUUGACCGAUUCUCAUAACAGGAUUUGAAUUGAAUGGUUUCAGCUAAGCCAAAAGAAAGGGGAUUGGUUGGGUUAAAUAUCAACAUGAGGGACAUGAUCAUCUCAGAACCCAGACAACGUAUGGUGUGUACUUGCCAUCUGAUGAGAGAUUUGAUCAUGUGGAAGUAAUGGGUCUGGUAGGGAAAGUGUUACUCAAUUGGAAACAGUUUUUGAUCUGAUCAGUUUUUUCUCUUGGUCAGUAAACAAUAGGAUGCCAAGGUACUCCCUUCGAUAAACAUCAGUGAUUUUACUAGAGUAGGUCAAUAAACUGUCCAAUCAGUUUUAGAGGAGUAACAAGGUGGGAGAGGCUUCUUCUGGAAUGACCCAGGUAUUUGCUUAACUGAGGGAACGUAUUACUACUGCUACUACUACUAUUAUGAUGAUGAUGAAUUAUGAUGACGAUAAUGAUUGCCAUUAUGACUAUUUCUAUUCUCCUAUAUGCUAUUGAUAUACGUAUAUAUGUUAAUUGCUAUGUAUAACUCUCUUUAUAAAUGUAUCCAUGUAUGAAUAUAAUACUUUACUGUAAACAGACGUAUGUGUAUGUUAAACAGGACUGUCCAGCAGGCAGGCCAGACAGGGAAGAGUUCAUAGUUUACCUUGCUCAAACUGGUACGAAGAACAACUCGGUUCAGUUUUAACAUACUUGCUGACUGUGACCUCACUCUCCGUUAGCUGGUUACGUAACAGGAACACAAGCUAACAUAGCAUAAGUGUCCAUAGUUCACAGGGCACCCUAGAUGACAGCAGACAGGUUACUGGACCAGGUUGUUGCUGAACAUCUGAUUUGAUAUAAUCUUGGUUGCUUGAGGUUAGUGGAUUGUAGGGGAGUUGAGAUUGUAUGGAAGAUAAGUUUGGUCGGUCAGUCCAAUGGAAUGUGCUAGUGACACUUUGAAUUUCCGAUAGCCAUGUAAAUCGCUAAUGAUUGUUUUCCUGACUGCUAUCGAGUGAGAUUAUAUAAUCAAUAAUACUUUAGUAUCAUUUAUUUAGUCAUUAACCCUGCUGGAACAACUCCAAGCAUACAUUGACGUCUGUAUACAUCAGUAUAGCACCUUAUUCAAUAUAUACCUAUAUAAAAGUAUACAUACCCCUAUCAUAUAAUCCUACUUUCUAUGAUACAUAUAACUAUAAUUAUACUUAGACACCUGUAUAAUUAAUUUAGAUAAGCGGUUCUGUUUUUCCCUGGUUGUUUGAAAAGGUCAUAGUCUGAUUUCAUUGGUUACAGUGCACACCGUACUACAUAAGUCCUUGUAUCUGCUCUGUUGCUAGGUUUGAGGGGCCUCCUUUGUCUUCAUCACAGUGUGCUGUUACCAAACAAAGGGGUCAGAGACAGGCCGGCAUUUUAGAAGUGUUCAAUCAACAGCCGCUGUUGUUUUAACUGACUCAUGGUUGUAAACAAACAGUUAUAUCAGAAGGGUCAAUAAUAAUCUCAGGCCUUGUGCUUGGAGGGGACUGGAGGAACUGAAAAGUCGUCAGACCAGACUAUCCAAACCCACCAGAGAGAACUGCAUUCGAUCAUGAGAUUGACUGAUUCGUCUUGGUUUAAGAAGAGGCUUUGACCCCAAAAAGCAUAUAGUCAGAUGUUUAUUUCUCCUGUUGUCUUUCCAAGUAGAAGGUUGAAGACAUUCUUGUAAACCUUGGUUCACUCCAUGUUCAUUAUUGCCACACAGGCAUUCCCUGUAUUAACAAAAAGAGAAAUACACUUAGGUGAAUUGACACUCACCCAGCCACACCCACCCAUAGCCACAAUGAGCUGAUAUUAAUUUACAUUAGCUUUCAGAGUUAUUAUUGGAUUAUUUUCUACUAUUUGGAAUAGGAACCAGAGUUUUAAGUGAAAAACAAGGCCUCUAUUUGUGUUAACUCUGUUUUGUCUUUCUCAUUUUUUCCCUCCCUGGUUGGAAGUGAAUUACGAUGACAAAUGGACCAAAUCUCUUGAAGGUGUUUAACAAUAAACAGAGUGUUUUAGA